AUGGUGCCAAGCUUCAGCUCUAUGGCCGCUGCUAGAAGGUGUGGCUCCAUCUACAGGGGCUUUGCACAGUGUCUUCUGGCCCUGGGGGACAGCUUGUCUGUCAGCAGCCAAAAAGACGAGGAUGUACAUGAGAUUGACUCAAUCUGCAGAUCAUGGGAUCAGUUUCAUGACUGUGCAAACUUGGCUAUGGCUGGCUGCCCCAACGAAGCCGCUGUUGUGUGGGAGUCCCUGAGACAUGAGUCUAAAAAGAUGCAAUUUGCAGGUAACCUGUACGACAUGUGCGCUAGUCGCAGUGAAUCAGCAGCAGACGCAGGGACCCAGAACCCAGAUGAGACCAAUCAGGAAUCGCUGAAAGGAAAAGCCACUCAUUUAAGCCUGGGCCAAACCAUCUUUCUCUGUUUACUGUUUCUCUGCUUGUGGAUAUAA